AUGUUUGGGAGUGUCGUCAGUCGCUUGCAAUCCCGGAACAAGAAACUCAACGUCCGUCUCGCAACCUGUUUGUUUCUUCUCGGAGGAUUCGUGCCAAUCGCAGCUACUCGUAACGUAGCAAAGAGUCUCCUCGACGUUCAACCUAACUUCCUGCAAAGAGCACUCCAAAGAAAUAUGUCUACAUCGUCUCUCGACCAGCAGGACACAGAGUCCGUCUCCUCCGAGGACAGCUUCGACCCAGCCCCCACUCUGGCCCAGAAGACAAUCACCAGACAAGAAGCACUCGAGCAGGCUGGCGAGAAUAUUGCCAAGAUGGGCAAGUCAAAGUUUGUCGACAAACUCCUCGGGACAGCAGUAUCGAAAUGGCUCGCCGAACCAAUCCUCUGUGUCCUGCCUCCCGAGAUGAAGCACACCGUUCAUACCUGGUGCUCAAGUCACGAUCCGAUGUGGUUUAACAAACUUUCUGAGUUCAUCGACGAAGAUGUCUCCGAAUGGGAGUAUACCGUUGAAGUCCCCAACCGACGAAAGGACAUGGCCUUCUGCGGAAUGGGCGCAGAUAUCCUUCGGUUCUAUGUUGCGGAUCUGAAGCCCUUGCGUAAGGGACUUCCAGAGCCAGAACGUCGAGAGGUUGUCAACAAGGUCCGUCGGGGAAUCGCCCUCUUCGCUGACUUUCAUGACGAGAAGAUGAAGGCGAUGGAACGGGAGGCGUGCGAGCUUGUACAGCAGGAACGUGAAUCAAUGGAGAUUGAGCGUAGCGCUUUCGCUACUGCAUUUGAACUCCAGAACGAAGCCAUCGCUGACUAG